AGUUGAACUUCUUUCUCCGUCGCAAUAAAUAAUACGGAGUAUUUUAAAAGAAAAAAAUCAUUAUGUUUCUAAAUCGAAAGAAUAAUGCACAAAUUGAAAACAUAAUGGUUAAUAUUGGAGUCAAAAAUUGUAACUGUUGAUAUUAAUUAAUUGAAUAAAACACAAAUUAAAAAAGUAAUUAAGAAUAAGAUCGGAAGGAGCCACACUGGUUUUGUGACCUGAUGCUGCUGCGCUGACUUGCUGACCAGUAAUUGAUUGGUGAGUUUUACAAAUUCAGUGCACUCCAGAAUCCAGAUGGUUUCUAAUAGCCUUUUUCCCUUUUUGAAGUUGAAUCCCUUACUAUUGGCGGGGACGAAACAAAAUCAGAAGUGGAUGUUCGAAUAUAUAUACCUGUGGGACAGAAGGAGCACUGUUGUGCUGCUGUCUACGGGACGAAGCCGGAGUCGGCCGGCCGGAGAAGAUGACCUGCGAUCUAAGGCGGAAUAGGCGCAGACGAGAUUCGGAAUUACCGUCAGCAAAGAAAAUCACGAAUAUUUUUACAAGCCGAAGAACACAAAGAAGGAAAAAAAUGGUCACAAGUAAUUAAAAAAGAAAAAUGACAGGUUCACCAUUUCUUUAUAUACGAAACCAUUUCAUCCAGAAACAUACGGAGUAUUUCAAUUUCCUUACAUCCAUCCAGAGAAUAAGUCAACGGUCCAAGUACGUAUAAAACUAUAAAUAGUUACCCAACGAGUAUCUGGAUCACUCUGCAUGUGAGUGAAGGAGCGCAAAACAGAAUGGGGCAUUGCUUCUCCCGGAGCCACGAGGCGGAGCGGCGGUGGCCAAGGCGUGCCGUCAGCCGCUCGCAGUCAGUCGGCGGGGGAAGGAACCCGUCCACGAGGAGGAAGGACGCCGCGUUGCAGGACCGCGAGCUCGCCGCUGCGGCGGUGGCAAUUCUCUUCCAACAGAAGUUGCAGAACAGCGGCGAUGGCGGCGGCGGCGCGCACGAUUCGAGCUCCGAUCGUUCCGGAUUCGCUUCCUCGCGCCAGCUCUUGCGAUCGAGGAGGAAUCAGCAGCAGCUCCUUCGGAGCUUGAGCUCCACCGUUCGAUCCCUUGAUCUAUGUCCUCCCUCUCAACCGCUCAGUACGGAGGAUUUCUGUAUGGGUGAUGUGGAGACCAAUCAUUUCGUGCUCGUUCACGGCGGGGGUUUUGGGGCAUGGUGCUGGUAUAAAACCACUUCACUUCUGGAAGUUGCUGGGUUUAGGGUUACUGCACUGGACCUAUGUGGCUCUGGAAUUCAUUCUUCUGAUACAAAUAGUGUUACUACUCUGUCACAGUAUGUCAAGCCGCUUACUGAUUUUCUCGAGCAAUUAGCUGAUGGGGAGAAGGUGAUAUUGGUUGGACAUGAUUCGGGUGGUGCUUGUAUAUCAUAUGCAAUGGAGGCUUUCUCCUCGAAGAUCUCUAGAGCUGUUUUCGUCGCUGCGGCUAUGUUGACCAGUGGGCAGAGUCUUCUUGAUAUGUUCUCCCAAAUUACCAAGCCAAACGACCUAAUGAGGCAAGCUCAAAAUUUUAUAUAUGGUGAUUGCAAGAAUAGCCAACCGACUGCAAUUGACCUCGACAAAUCACUCUUGAGGGACUUGUUAUUUAACCAGAGUCCUGCUAAGGACGUUUCUUUGGCAUUAGUGUCAAUGCGACCAAUCCCCUUCUCCCCAAUCCUGGAGAAGCUUACAUUAUCGGAGGCGAAGUACGGAUCAGUUAGACGGUUUUACAUUGAAACUCCAGAGGAUAAUGCCAUCCCCAUUGCUUCACAGCAGAUGGUGAUUGAGCAAAACCCUCCAGAAAAAGUGUAUCAUCUCAAAGGUGCAGAUCACUCUCCGUUCUUCUCCAAGCCUCAAUCCCUCCACAAAAUAUUGGUGGAGAUCUCAAGAAUCCCUUCAAAAACUUCAUGAGAAUUCAGUUUUGGAUAGUCUUUGGCAAAGCAUAUCUCUUGGUUCUCAAAACAGCAAGAAAACAAGAAACUGUAAAUGACAGG